GCAGCUCGAUCUCUCGCGUUUCUGCGCGCGUUUCGCAGUUCGGGACAUUCCGACGCAUCGAUCUCGCACACACGUCGCGACGCACGGGACGAUUCGGUGGUAGAAGGGCGCGUGUUCGCCGAUGCUUGAAAUUGUCAUUAGUAUCGAUUGAUUCUUCGGAGCUCGCGCACUUAUUUAGUUUUAUCGUUCUUAUUGCGAAAGGUCGAGACGGGGCAACAUUUAACCUUCUCCACUCGUAUAUCAUCCCGUCAUGCUAUACAAUAUUAAUUUCCUCCUCACCUGAAUAAUAUAAAAUAUUAGAAAUAAAAUUAAAUAAAAGAGAAAAAAGCUCAGAAAUUAAAGAAUCGAGUUAAAAACACUGAUAGAUGCAAUUUGGAACAGAGUCCAGUUAGACGAGAAAACUUUCUAUUUUAUAUAAAAAGACGGAUGUUCUCGUAAUUCGCGAAUGGGUAUAACGAUAACGAUUAUGGGAUAGGACAGCAACAAGUCGCUCGAAACCAUGACGUCGCGCUCGCCUACCCCGGGGGUCAGUCUGUCGGGUGAGACCAAGCGCGUUUCGCGGCCGCGACCGAGAACUCUCGACCGGAACCGUCGACGGGGCGUCGCGGGAUGAUCUUCAAGUCCUGCGCGCGGCCGAUCGAGAUGAAGGAGGAGAACGGUGCCGUCGUCGGCGAGGUACGACGACCGGCGAGCAGGUCCACCGAGCACACGUUCUCUAAUGCCGUCCUGUUUUGCUGCCCGUGCGUCUUCCGGUGCAGGAAGUCGGUCGGCGUCGGCCGCGACGACGACGGGGACGACAACGCGUCCGUCUCGACCAUCAUCACCACGGCGACGACGCCGGUCAUCGCCUUGAGGUUGAACCGAAACAGCGACACGGUUGAUAAGGCGACGACGGUGAACGAGGAGGAAUACAACGCGCGGAACAGACGUCACUUUUCGCCCGAGGCGAAGGGCUACCACGUGCAGGGCUCGAACAAGGAGGAGUCGCGGUACCAAGAGUUCAUGCGUUCCUUCUCAAUCGGCAACAAUUUCGACGCGCACGAAAGCCGUCCGAAAAGCGCGAGCAGCUCGUCGUCCGACGUUUCCAGGCACGAUCGGCCGGGACGAGGGGAAGACCAGGACGCGACGACGCUGCGAGAUUACAUUGGCAAUGACAACAGCGGAUCGUCGACCCCGCGGAGCCGGGACGCCGGCGAUCCGGCGUUCGACAUUAUCACGCAACAGACGACGAAUCACCAGAGCGGCACUCGCGACGACGUCGAUUCCUUUUUCACGCCGCUGGAUACCAACAAAGUGGAAUACCGGAUCGAAACGGCAAAGGCACCGACCGUGGACGAGGCGUCGAAAGAAUGGAGCAGCGAGGAUGACAUGAAAACAACGAGUCGAAUCCGAUCGAUUUCAAGGCAUUCGAAUCACAACGAGCUAAUCGACGUGGACGAGAACUGCAACAGAAGCACGGAGAGCAGCUCCGGCGUGCCCGAGCAGCAGCCGGAGAACGACAGGUCAAGCGCGCGGUCAAGGAGGUCGUCCAUCGUGUCCGCGUUGCCGAACGAGCGGAUUCUACCCUACGAGGACACGAAGGCAUUCAGGGAAUCGCUACAAUCGAAGGCCGCGGUGAGCCCCAAGAAAUCGGAAUCGCUGUAUCUGUCGCCUAAUCACAGCGCUCACCACUCGCCAAUCUCCAACUCGCCGACCAAGCGGAGUCCUCGCUGCGGUUCGCGCAAUUUGAUCGAGGAUUUCAGCGAGGAGAGAAUAAUCGCUUCCACAGUACCUGACGAGGAUGCUUCCAUUCAAUCGUUGGACACCGUUGGCCACCCUCCCAUAGACAUCAGCAUGACCGGUGAUUCACCGGCGAUUAUCAUCGCGUCGAGGCCCCAUUCUCACGAAACCGUCGAGUACGCGAGAAGCGUCGAAAAUGCUAAUCCGCGUAAUAAGAUUAACGCUCAGGAGUCCACGGAAGAAGAAUCCAGCGUGAACGAUAAUUUGGAGGACAGACAAAGUAAAGACAGCGCGAGCGAAACGAAUACGGAACCAGGGAUAUUGAAGAUCGAGUCUGAGCCUGCAGAAGAUGUCGAGUCGCGUAGAAGGAUGCCCUCGAAAGUACCGGUGCGCAGUACUAGUAGAUGUCGAAUGCCUUCCAAUAAAAGAGCCGUGGAGAAGCCCUCGGAAAAAGUCAAGCGGAUGGUACAGCAGUGCUUUACGCAGCUUGAGAAUAAAGACUGGGAAGUAACGAUGAAGGGUCUGAAAGCCCUGUCUCAGAUCUCGAAGCAGCAUCCGGAGGGCUUGGACGUCUGCGCGGCCGGAACGCUGGGAAGGCUUCUGGGACGACACAUAAAGAAUCUUCGCUCGCAAGUGGCACGGGCCGCGUGUCUCGCCGCCGGCGACGUCUUCAGUUCUCAAAUCCGGGGUAUCGAUCAGGAUUUAGACGACAUAGCUGGACCGUUGCUUCACAGAACGGCUGAUACGAAUCGAUUUCUUCGAGCGGACAGCAACGCAGCCCUGGAUCAGAUGAUGCAAUAUCUUCCGCCCCAUAAAACCAUCUGUAUCGUCGUACUUCGGGGAGCGAGUCAUCAAAAUGCUAUCGUUCGCGCGGCGACCGCACGACUGUUGUCGGACAUCACCGAUCGCAUCGGGCCUGAACAUAUUAUGAUCCUAUCGCGCGACGUAAAGGACAAGUUGCUGAACGCGGGCGCAAAGUUGUUGAUGGAUGGAAAUCUAGACGCGAGGAACCACGCGAAAAAGAUGUUUCGACGGCUGACCCGUUGCGAGGGUUUUCGAAAAGCGUUGACGGAUGCGGUGCCCGAAACGACAUUAAGACACAUCGACAAAACCAUGAAGACCCUGUAGUCGAUCACUCUGUCGAUCAAAUCUGCGUAAUUUAAUCUAACCGUCGUCUUACCGCUGCUUGGACUAUCCCAAAAGACUGUUUAUCACGCAGGAUGUUUUUACAAUCAGUUAGAAGCCAGUUUACGGCAUAGACAUGAAUUUUCUACAACGUAUAAGCCGAGAAAGAUAUCGACAAGGAGUCGUAUAAAUAGCUUCUCUCUCUCUCUCUCCCCCCGCACUGUAUAUUUCCCUCUUCAAAAUUAAAUGGAGCGAGAGAUGUGAUUUCGGUGAUCGAGAAUCGAGAAAAGUAUGAGAAAAACCCUGAGGAAAAGCGUCCCCAUCGUCGUAUCACGACUUCGAUCUUGUUUUUCAUCGCCGGAUUUAUUGCGCGACGAAGUUUUGAUACUUGUAACUUUAAUACAUAUAUACGCAUGUAUAAUAAUUUUUUAUACGAUUGUAUAAAGGAUGCGCUUCGGCGUAAGCGUAUUUGGAAAACUAGUGCCUUCACGUCGGUGAUCGUAAAUUACGCAAUCGCAAUCGUAGCUCAAUUACAUUGUAGUGUUCGCGAAGUGAAUCGUCGACGUGACGUAAAUUGCCACGUGUCUC